CCUGUAGCGCGCAUGCGAUCACAACAACAGAGUUUGCUAGUGUGCUAACAAAUUAGCAAGGAACAGCAGUGAUGUCAGUCGCGUGGCAGUAAAAAGACGUCGCAGCCGAGUCCAAAUCUGUUAUCGUGCACAAGUCUCCCGUGAUGGCAAAGACGUUUAAUCCAACGAACCUCAUCGCACACUUGAAAGAGGCAUCACACGGGAAGCCCCCACAGGACGGCGAAAAGUCAUCAGCUGUGACAGGAAAGAGCGAGCCCCUGUUGCUAGUGAAGAAUGUCAAGUUUCAACACUUGUUUGAACACCUCCAACCUGGCUAUGUUACGUCACAUUGUGGAUGAAGCUGCUGUACUGCACCGUAUGGCCCACAUGCAUAAAGAAGUAAAAGGAAGAGUGUAUAGGAUGGAAGUGUUGCACAGGAAGGCAAACUUGAGGGGAACACAGUGGAUCCUCCUUCUCCUGCUGCUGCUGGCUCACCUGCACGGUGCCACAGGCCAGAGAAGAAAUGGACGCAGGAACAACUACAGGCUGCCAGACGAUGGAGGGAAUGCUCCCACCUGCUCCCUGGAAGUGGUCUUCAUCCUGGACAGCUCAGAGAGCGCCAAGAUCUCCCUGUUUGAAAAGCAGAAGGGUUUCGUGCUGAGCUUCAGCACUCGCCUGUCCAUGCUGCAGGUGGCCGGCUGGACGCUGAACGUGCGAAUGGCCGCCCUCCAGUACAGCAGCACCGUGUCGGUGGAGCACAGGUUCUCGGCUUGGAAAAAUCUAGACUCCUUCCACGGCCCGGUCAGCGUCAUGAGCUACAUCGGACACGGCACCUACACCACCUACGCCAUCUCCAACGCCACGCAGUUGCUGGUGCAGGAGACGCCGGCCGACAGCGUCAGGGUGGCCGUGCUGAUGACGGACGGGGUGGACCACCCCCGGAACCCGGACGUGGUCGCGGCCGCGGCGGAGGCCAAAGCUAACGGGAUCAAGAUCUUCGCCGUGGGCUUGUCGGACAUCGCUCGGCAGAGUCGGAACAGCGCCAAGCUGCGGGCCGUCGCCAGUGCGCCCGCUCAGCAGUUUGUUCAGAGUCUUCUGGAUCCUCAACUGGAGCAGAAGCUGCUCAAAGAGAUGGGUACAGUCGUACUGGAAGAGUGUCCGGAAGCUCAGGUGUGUUUGUGUGAAAGAGGAGAGCGAGGCCCCCCAGGAGUUCCGGGCAGAAAAGGCGAGGCGGGUUUCAGAGGGCCGCCUGGUCCUCCGGGAGGCAGGGGGGAGCCCGGCGUGAACGGUCCACCUGGGAGUGACGGUCCAGAGGUAAAAUGUAACCUGCUCUUAUUUUGUGUUGUUUAUGUGGGGAUGGAGGAGGCUCUUAUUGUUGAAGGCUGUCUUGCAGGGUCGUCCGGGUUACAAGGGGAACAAGGUCAGAAGCUCUUAUCUCCAUCAUGUCAACAUAAGCACUUUAAAAGCUUGAAAUGUUUCUUUCAGGGGGAGAGGGGAGAUUGUGGCCCUCCUGGGGGUAAAGGUGACCCGGGUUCGGAGGGGCCUCCUGGACUCCAAGGACCAAAGGGAAAACAGGGAGAGCUUGGACCACCCGGUGACGUUGGCCGUGAGGGACCACCUGGGCAAAAAGGCGACCGAGGGCCUGGUGGUGACCCGGGACCACCGGGAAACUUUGGUAUUGGCUUUCCAGGAGCCAAGGGUGAAAAGGGCAUCCAGGGAAGGCCGGGUCCAACAGGUCCACUUGGCACUGGAGAACCAGGACUACCAGGCCCUCUUGGACCACCUGGACCACGAGGAAACCCUGGAACCCCUGGAGAGGGUCCUGCAGGGCCAAAGGGUGAUCGAGGAUUUGAAGGACCCCGGGGGAAUCGUGGGCUACCUGGUAUCGGGUUCAAAGGUGACAAGGGCAGCCUUGGUCCACCUGGACAGCCUGGUCCAGUUGGUUCUCCAGGUGUCGGAUUCCAAGGAGAAAAGGGUGACCAAGGCCCUGCAGGACCAACGGGCCCCAGAGGAGCUCCAGGUGUGGGAAUACCAGGACCUAAGGGAAAUCAGGGAUUCUUAGGAGUACCAGGCCCCCCUGGCGAGAGAGGUGUGGGAGCGCAAGGACCAAAAGGGGACAUGGGAGCCGAGGGCCUACCAGGCAUUCCUGGUCAGCCAGGAGAGGACGGGGUACCAGGGCAAAAGGGUGACAUUGGAUUGCCAGGACCCAGGGGACCAGAUGGCAGUCCUGGUAAAGGCGCCCCUGGAGCGAAGGGGGACAGAGGGGACAGAGGGACCAGAGGUCUGCCAGGUGCUGUUGGUCCUGUGGGGCCAGUGGGACCAAAGGGGGAUCCUGGAUUUAUCGGGCCACCGGGCGCACCAGGACAACCAGGGAGGGGUAUUCCCGGUGCCAAGGGAGAUCCAGGUCCACAAGGUCCUGCUGGAGCAGUAGGUGAACCCGGUCGGGGAAUAAUUGGACCCAAGGGUGACAGAGGGUUUCCAGGGCCUGCAGGGUUAUCGGGAGGUAAAGGAGAAGGCAUUCCAGGUCCUCCAGGGCUUCCAGGACCUCCUGGUUUGACGGGUGAGCCUGGACCAGAUGGAGUCGGCUUACCAGGACCAAAGGGAGACAGAGGCCUGCCCGGACCACCUGGGCCUGCAGGGCCGCCAGGAAUAGGCCUCCUCGGGCCAAAGGGUUCCACUGGCGUGAUAGGCCCUCCUGGUCCACAGGGCCCCGCGGGAGAGGGUAUCCAAGGACAAAAGGGAGAGCCUGGAUUUCAGGGGAUUCCUGGCCCAAGAGGUCCUCCUGGAAUAGGACUUCAGGGAGACAAGGGGGACCGAGGCUUCACUGGUGAGAGAGGGAAAAAGGGAGACAGUGGGUCUGCAGGAGAACCUGGAUCCACCGGACCGUCGGGACGAGUGGGACAAAAAGGUGAACCUGGACUUACAAGGGAAGAAAUCAUCCAAAUCGUGAGAUCGAUAUGCAAUUGCGGGGUGACGUGCCGGCAAAGCCCCUUGGAGCUGGUCUUUGUGAUCGACAGCUCAGAGAGCGUGGGCCCAGACAACUUCAAUGUCAUCAAGGACUUUGUGAGCGCCCUCGUCGACCGGGCAUCUGUGGCCAAGGACACCACGCGGGUGGGCGUGGUCCUCUACAGCCACAUCAACAUGGUGGUGGUCAGUCUCAGCCAGGAGGCAUCCCUGGACGGGGUCAAGUCGGCGGUACGCUCCAUGACCUACCUGGGCGAGGGCACCUUUACGGGCAGCGCCAUCCAGCGGGCCAAUCAGGUUUUCCGAGCGGCCAGGGCCGGGGUAAGGAAGGUGGCCAUCGUCAUCACGGAUGGCCAGGCCGACAAGAGGGACUCGGUCGGUUUGGAGAGCGCUGUGAGGGAAGCCCGGGGAAGCAACAUCGAGAUGUUUGUGAUCGGGGUGGUCAACACCAGCGACCCGCUGUUUGUGGAGUUCAGGAAGGAACUGGACCUCAUGGCUUCAGAACCGGACAGCGACCACGUAUACCUCAUUGACGACUUUAAAACCCUGCCAGCCCUCGAGAAGAAACUCUUGAGUCGCAUCUGCGAAGAUGGUCAGAGUGUCUCGCUCCAGCCCGGUCCACCUCAGCCUCCACCCACGAGGGAACCCGCUGCUCCACAGAGACCAAAAAUAGACAACAGAACUUCGUCAGAAACCCAAAGACUGCCGUUCUUUGACAGAGAACCUUUCAGACCGCAGACGACCAUCGAGACGAAGCACACCGUCAUGGCUGGAGUCAACGGGCCGAUGGCCCCCACUACGAAGGCACCACGGGGGUCCCGUCCACCCAUGACCUCUGCAUCCUCACAGCGCUGCAGUCAGAUCCUGGAUCCAGGGCCGUGCCGGGACUAUGUGGUGAGGUGGUACUACGACGCCAGGGCCAACUCCUGCGCUCAGUUCUGGUAUGGAGGCUGCCAGGGUAACGCCAACCACUUUGACAGCGAGAGGAGCUGUAAAGAAGCUUGCGUGCGUGUCUAAAAUAACUAUAAACAUCAUGACGUUCAUGGUAAUGUACGUACCAACAUGCCUCUUUAACCAAACAUGACUUUAAUGUGAAUAAAUGUUUAUUAAGCUCUUUGAAGGACACUAAAAACUUUUUUUGUGAUCUACUUACUUGAACAGUGUUUUUUUUAUAAAACCACUAACUAUUCCGUAAAGCCAAUCAUGUUGUACUCUUCUUUUUUUUUUUACUUUAUAUUUGUUAAAAUGGGGGGUGGCGCGGCUCAGGUGGUCGAGUAGAGAGUAGUCGUCUCCCAACCUGAAGGUUGUGGCUCCUGUGAUUGUGUCGAAGCGUCCUUGGGCAAGAUACUGAACCCCCACUUGCUCCUGAUGCUGCGUCACCAGUAGGUAAAUGUGCUAGCAGUGUCAAAGCGCUUUGACUGCCUUGGAGGUGGAAAAGCGCCACAUGGACCACAAAAUCUUACUUUAAAUACAGUGUAAUGUCAUUAAAGAAUAAAGCUA